CAGAAGAGAGCAUGGAGUUCAGCUGGCAGACCAGGGCGCCACGUGCUGUUGCAGGGACACACCCUGGUGCUAGCUGUGGAAGUGCUUCUCUCUGAUGCUCCAUCUGGGAGGUGACUGCUUCACCACAGACCUCUGAAAGCUUCUAAGAAGAACGGUUAGUUUUCUGAGGAGCCAGCUGAGGGGGAAACACAAGCAGUGAAUACAGUGACAACUUGUGUGCUGAUUGCCACAAACCUGCCAGGUGACCAUGGCAUCUGAAUCUCCUAUGAAGAUCCCCAUUUGUUUAGUGGAAAACUGGAAUGAGCAGCUGACAGUGAAUUCAGAAGCCUUGAGGAUUCUUGAAAAGAUACGUCAGCCUUUGGUGGUGGUGGCCAUUGUGGGGACAUAUCGUACGGGGAAAUCCUACCUCAUGAACCAACUUGCAGGACAGAACCAUGGCUUCCCCCUGGGCUCCACAGUGAGGGCUGAAACCAAGGGCAUCUGGAUGUGGUGUGUGCCCCACCCCAGCAAGCCAAACCACACCCUGGUCCUCCUGGACUCUGAGGGCCUGGGCGAUGUGGAAAAGGUUGACCCUAAGAAUGACUCCUGGAUUUUUGCCUUAGCUGUACUUCUCAGCAGCUUAUUUGUCUAUAACAGCAUGGGCAACAUUGACCGCAUUGCCCUGGAGCAGCUACACUAUGUGACUGAACUAACACAACUAAUCAGGACAAAAUCUGACCCCACACCAAAUGAAGUAGAGGACUCCUCUGAGUUUGUAAGAUUCUUUCCAGACUUUGUGUGGACUGUUAGAGAUUUCAUGCUGGAGCUGGAUUUGGAUGGACACCCCAUCACAGAAGAUGAGUACCUGGAGAAUGCCUUGAAGCUUAUUAAAGGAAAGAAUCCCAAUAUCCAAAAUUCCAAUAUGUCGAGAGAGUGUAUCAGAUAUUUCUUUCCAAAACGAAAGUGCUUUAUCUUUGACCGGCCUACAAAUGACAGAAGCCUGUUGUCCCACAUUGAUAAAGUUCCACAAAACCAAGUGGAAAGGAAUUUCCAGGAGCAAUUAAAAAAUUUCUGUUCCUAUGUAUUCACCAAUGCAAAGACCAAGACCCUGAGAGGGGGAAUCAUUGUCACUGGAAAUCGUCUACACAGCCUGGUGUUGACCUAUAUCAAUGCCAUCAGCAGUGGGGAUCUGCCCUGCAUGGAAAAUGUAGUCCUGGCCCUGGCCCAGAUAGAGAAUUCUGCUGCUGUGCAGAAGGCCCUUGCCCACUAUAACCAGCAGGUGGGCCAGAAGGUGCAGCUGCCCACAGAGACCCUCAAGGGACUGUUGGACAUGCACAAGGACUGUGAGAGAGAGGCCAUACAAGUCUUCAUGAAGAACUCUUUUAAGGAUGUUGGCCAAAAGUUCCAGAAGGAAUUAGGGGUCCAACUGGAAGGAAAGCGAGAGGACUCUUGUAAGCAAAACAGGGAAGCAUCACCAGAUAGUUGCACAACUUUAUUUCAGGAUAUUUUUGGUCCUCUAGGAGAAGAAGUGAAGUGGGGGACAUUUUCUAAACCAGGUGGUUACCAUCUCUUUAUUUAGAAAAAAUAAGAGCUGAAGAAAAACUAAUAUCAGGAUCGUGGAAAGGGGAUAGAUGCUGAAAAGAUGUUGCAAAAAUACUUGGAUUCAAAGGAGGAAGUGGCAGAUUCACUCCUACAAACUGAUCACUCAUUCACAGAAAAAGAAAAAGAGGUUGCAGUGGAACAUAUGAAGGCUGAAUAUGCAGAAGCUACAAAGAAAAUGUUGGAAGAAAUACAAAGGAAGAAUGAGCAGAUCAUGGAACAGAAAGAAAAGAGUUACCAGGAACAUGUGAAUCAGUUGACUGAGAAGAUGCAGCAGGACAGGGCCCGGGCAAUGGGGGAGCAAGAGAGGACUCCAGCUCUGAAAUUUCUGGUAUUUGACCACAACAUCUCAGUUUUCUCUUCCAGUGCCCCAAGUCAAAAAGAAAGUGUAAGGAUGAGAACUUCAUGCCUCCAAAAGAAGAAUAUCCCAUCCAGUUACGCUACUACAUUUCUCAUCUCCCAUCUGCUUUUAUCUCUGUCCAUCUCUGGUUAUGAAAGUUUAUCCAGUUGCUGAAUAAAAUACCAUGAAAUUU